UCUUGUCACAUUUUCGCAUGCGGAUGUCAAAGUUUCAGUCAUGAAUUCCAUUCUUCUGAGAGUGAUUUCCGUUUGGUGUGCUAUUUAUUCAUCUUGCCAGGCAUACAGUUCACACGGGAGCGACUUUGUACACAUAAACCCCUCCGUUAUUUUGACAUUCUCGGAGAAUCUAACACAUAAUUCUCAAGACAACAUCGAGGCGUUUGGUUUUCCGAGAACACCGAGGACAACCGAUGACCGACCCAAGACUCGCCACCGUCGAAACGCCGCCAAUCUACCCACGGGGUUGGCCGGCGAGGAAGAGGGCGGCACGGUGAAUGCACCGAGUCAAAUCUUCGCCUACAAGAAGGGGGAUUUCAACAUUGGAGGGAUGUUUGCUGUUCGAUUUCCUGAUCCGAAAUAUACCGAUCCUUGUUCGAGAGUUCUAACGUUGACGGGGUUGCGGAUUGAGAGCAUGUUGUACGCCAUUGACUUUAUAAACAACAGCACAGAUAUCUUGCCCGGUGUGGAGUUAGGAUUUGAAAUUCGGGAUGACUGCUCAAAUAAAAACAGAGCGCUGAGGGAAGCCCUGAGUUUUGUUUCAACGACAGGAGGAGGAGCGUGCCCAGAUGAAGCCCAGACGGUCGGUGUAGUUGGUACAGGAUCAAGCUCUACUUCGGGACCAGUAGCCAAUUUAUUGGGUCUGUUUAAAGUUCCUCAAGUGAGUUACUCGGCAACCAGUUCGUUGCUAAGCAACAAGAAACUCUACCCAUACUUUAUGCGUACCGUCGCCUCGGACGUCAACCAGGCUGCCGUAAUGGCAGACUUAGCAGAGGAUAUGAACUGGAACUAUGUCAUGAUUAUUCAUACCGACGAUGCAUACGGCACGCCAGGCAUGGAGCACCUGAGCACCCUUCUAGAGGCAAGGAAUGUCUGCAUCGCUCACACCUUCAGCUUGAGAUCGGAGAGUCGUGGCAUCGUCGCUGAUAACAUCGUUCAAACGCUGUUGGACGAGCCGGAAAUAUCAGUGAUUUUCACAUUCUGUCAAAAAACGGACAUAUUGCGUGUCUUGAACGAGGCCUUCAAUCGGGGUCUAUUGGACAGAACGUGGAUUGCUAGCGAUUCUUGGGGCCAAUCAUCGCAGACCGUUCAAGACGUGGAGCCAGUGGUCAGAGGAAUGCUGGGUAUUAUACCCAAAUCUUCGCCAUAUGAGAAGUUUCAAAGUUAUUUAGCCGAACUGGACCCAUAUACCAAUCAGCGUAAUCCAUGGUAUCAACUCACACUAGGAGAGCAGUUUAAUUGUACAUUUGAUCCGUCGAGCCUUUUGCGUAAACCAUGUACGGGAACGGAGACGUUUGCCCAGGUGGAAGACACUCAUGCGCGAUUUGUGAUUGAUGCAGUGUUAGCGCUGGCUUAUGGACUAAACAACAUGAUAUCAGAAUGUCAAGAUUGCCAUGGUAACGUUCAAAUUGAUGGAGAAGCAUACCUUGAUUACGUAAGGAAUGUGAACUUCACUGGAGUGACGAACCCUAACUUCAAGUUCGAUGAAGACGGAGAUCCGCUGGCCCAGUAUGAAAUACACAACUUACAGGAACAUGGGAGGGAGUUUUCAUUUGUGAGAGUCGCCGACUGGGAUCCAGUGAAGAAGUUUACCGAGUGGAAAGACGUCGUUUGGCAGGCAGGAACGACGCCCCCAUUGUCAAGAUGUUCACCGGAUUGUCCGGCUGGAAAUUUCAUCACUCUGCAAACUCACAAAUGCUGCUGGAAAUGCUACCCAUGCGAAGGUAUUAGCAUCAGUACAUCUCAGAAUUCCAUGCAAUGUACAAGUUGUAAAGAUGGAGAGAGAGUUAACGCUAAUAGGACAGUCUGUCUGGUCAACCCAGUCAUCUAUCUCCAAUGGAAGGACCCAGUGGCCAUUGUCUUCAGCUUUCUUACCUCCAUCGGACUCAUAGUCACAGGUUUUUCUCUCCUAGUUUACAUCCAACAUAGAAACUCUGCAACCAUAAAAGCGACCAGCACAGAACUCAGUUAUCUUCUUCUACUCGGCAUCGCAAUGAAUUAUUGUUGUACUUUUCUCUUCAUCGCCACGCCAACAGACAUCAUUUGCAGCGCCAAGAUCCUCGUGAUGGGCGCGAGUUUCUCGGUUUACGUCGGUGCGUUGCUCACCAAGACAAAUCGCAUCUCAAGAAUCUUCAAUCGGAAACUGUCUGAUGGAGCGCCAUCUAUGUUCCUUAAUAUCCAGUACCAGCUGAUGUUUGCGUUUGGGAUCGUAGCCAUCCAGAUCGCUCUUCAAGUGAUUUGGUUUCAGGUUGAGCCAGGUGUCGCCGCGCUGGAUUACUCUGAUCCUGAGUUCACUUUAUUACAGUGUCAAUACUCGUCAUAUCUCGGACCCUCCGUUGCUAUCGGUUACAAUGCUAUACUAGCAAUGCUGUGUUUGUACAAAGCCUUCAGGACUCGUAAACUACCGGGGCAGUUCAAUGACUCUCGCGGGAUUUGCUUUGCUAUGCUCACGUGUUGCUUGAUAUGGUUCAUCUUUUUCGCUUCGUACUUCACGACAACCGGUAUCGCGAACUCCAUCAUCUGCAGCACUGCCUUCCUAUCCUGCGGUACGUCCGGCUUGAUCUGUAUGUUUCUACCUAAGCUUUGGAUCGUUCUCAUGAGACCCGAGCGCAACGUGCGACAAUCCACGCUGAAAAUGAAGAGCUCAUUGGGGAGUCAUGUGACGAUAAACACGGUCAGCGGAGCAGUGACAAACAACAAAGCGAAAAAGAAUGAUGGGUUAUCUCUGAAGCCGGACCCUUCUGACAUGAAAGCUUCAUCGAGUCACAGCUCAGAGGGAGACGGGGACAAUCUUUCACAGAUCAGCAACGAGAACGACGACCAGAAGUUCCUGGAAGAGAUUAAGAUUCUGGAGCAAGACUUACAGGAGGCGGAGAUGGAACGCGACGAUGCGGUUGCCAUGGCGAAUGAGAAGUAUCAGCAGAUGAUUGAGCUACAGAAAAGCCAAGAGGAUGAGCUGCUUGAAAUCGACAAAGAAAUCCAGCUAGAAAAGACGAGUUUAAGGGAGCUUCUUAAGAACGAAGGAAUGCUGGAUGACGAAAUUGAUGGAAUAGUUGCCAUGGAAAUAAACAGCAACAAUGAGGAGGGGAACGACUGGAAUGAAAAGAUAAAAGAAUUAGUCUUCAAGCUAGAUGCCGUUUCCAGUGAGCGAGAUACACUCGACAAACAGGUUCAGGAAUUAAAACUGGAAUGUCAACACUGGAAACAGAUUAUGUCUCAAAGUGUUCAGGAAACAUCUCAUAAUGACACCGAAGUGGAGGGUCUGGCUGAAGACAUUUCAACGACAAAAGAUGACGUGAAACUCACCGUGUGAAGUUUCUCUAAUCAUUCUUUUAUUUUAUGAAAAGGUGUCCUCGGUUCAAUGAUGUUAUGACUGAGUAACAGAUCCCACUGUCCCUCAUACAUGUCGAUAUUUCUCUACAUAAGUCAGGUUACCUCGACCUCUUUGGACUCCACCUUGCUUAUUGUGCUCCCAGAGGACAAGCUUGCUGGCUGGAAGCUCAGGUAGGCAAUAAGCACUAAGCUUGGGGAACCCGAGUUAGAGAUUUGAGUUAAAGACACUUGACACUAUUUGUAAUUGUCAAAGACCAGUCUUCUCACUUGGUGUAUCUCAACAUAUGCAUAAAAUAAUUGGGCCCAUGCCAGGCGUCAUCAGCAUUGCAAAAAAUACUGAGAAAAAAGGGGUAUUUUUUGACAGGCAGUGGUGGCUGCAAAAUGUAAAAAUAGGGUCUGUUUGUUUAUUGGCUUUUUAAGAGUUUUUCCUUUAACUAAUAUACUGCUGCAGCAGUAUAUUUUGUUUCAGAACCUAAAUUUUCCCAAUUUUCGUUUUGGAAAGUACUUUCUGUCCAACCAAAAUGAUGUGUGUGCUCAUAAAUAAUGCAUGAUGUGUUUACUCACGAAUAAUGAAUGUAUAAUUUUGUUGCUUAGUGCUGUUGUUAUUACUAUAAUUAUUUUGUUAAAGUUUACUUUGUGGAAACAGAACCCAUGGAAUGCUGUAGCUAUCCUUGCAGAUCUGGGCCCAAUUUUAUAGAGCUACUUAAGCACAAAAAAAGUAGCUAAGCACAACAACAUUUUAAGGUUACCACUCAAAGUGUACAAUCUGUGACUGGUAUCCUGCUCUUUUCUGCUUAGCAGCAAAUUAUUAAGCAAUAAUGUCUGCAGUAGAGUAGCUUCAUGAAACUGGGCCCUGCUGAGGCCAUUCAUAUUGGCUGCUUUUUUACCUGUAUUGGUUGAUCUGGGCCCAAUUUCAUUAAGCUGAUAAGCCCAAAAUUUGCUUAGCAUGA